CCUACAUUGCCUGGAACUCCACAAACAUGCCUCCAAAGAAGGCCCCCAAGGCAGAGCAAAAAGCCAAGCAGAAAUCUGUAGAGGAUAAGACAUUUGGUCUUAAAAACAAGAACAAAUCAGCAAAGGUCAAUAGAUACGUCCAGCAAGUACAGCAACAGGCUUCUUCGGCCGGAAACCGAAAGGAUAAGAAAGAAGCAGAAGCAAGAAAGGCUACGGUUGCGGACAAAAAGGCUGCUGAAGCUGCAAAAAAGGCUGAACUAGCGGAGCUAUUCAAACCGGUCCAAAUUCAGCAAAAGGUUCCUUUCGGAGUGGACCCGAAGACGAUCGUCUGUGCAUUUUUCAAGGCAGGACAAUGUCAGAAAGGUACACGAUGCAAGUUUUCUCACGAUCUGGACGUAGAACGGAAAGCAGCGAAAGCGGAUAUAUACACAGAUGCCCGUGAUAAGGAAGAUGACACAAUGGAUAAUUGGGAUCAAGCCAAAUUGGAGGAUGCUGUCAAUCAGAAACACGGCGGAACCGAUAACCUCAACAAGCCGACGGACAUUGUAUGCAAGUUUUUCUUGGAAGCGAUCGAGUCGAGAAAGUACGGAUGGUUCUGGGAAUGUCCGAAUGGAGGCAAACAAUGUAAAUAUCGGCACGCUCUGCCACCUGGUUUUGUUCUCAAAAAGAAGGAGACACCAGAGGAGCGAGCGGCGCGUGAGGAAGCCGAGCGGGAAAACCAAAUCAGUAUUGAAGACUUCCUGGAGACUGAGCGACACAAACUGGGAACCAAUUUGACACCUGUAACUGCCGAGUCGUUUGCAGCGUGGAAGGCUGACAGAAAGGCAAGGGAAAAGGCGGAGGCGGAGGCGCAAUCGAAGAAAAAGAAGGAUGCGUACGACAAGUACAAAGCUGGAAUGAAGAGCGGAAUGACCUUUUCUGGAAGAGAGCUAUUCGAUUUCAACCCUGAAUGGGCUAUCGGCGACCAAGAUGAUGAGGAUGGCGCCAUGGAGGAAUACCUCCGAGAUGAUAGUGGGGAUGAAGGGGAAAUACCGCCCACGAACGGGGCACCAAAUGGAUCUCAGGGUCCUUCUACCGAGUCAAAAGAAGGCGAAGCUCUCAGUAGCAAGACGAAUGGGGUGGAUGUGGCAGAAGACCUCUUCGAGGGAGAAGAUUUGGAAGGAUUGGACGACGAUGGUGAUGAUGAUUGAAGUGGCAUAAUGAGUUUAUUUUUUCUGCAUGUUUGUGAGAAUCCCUUCCAAGAAUCAAAUCACGCAUCAAAAGUCGAAUAGUGGCCUUCAUUUUGACUUGUCUAGUGCCCUUUUUACCGCUGGGAUUGCUGUAUCACCCCAUUUGGAACUAGUUGCUCGACAUGAUUGCCUCAUAGAUAGCAUAAUACGGAAGUAGAUGAAUGCUCGUGCUCAGCGGCGUCAGGAUGACAUUGCCCAGUACCGCCUUACAUAUCACUGUGCAACGGAAACCCCCUCAUAGAACCUAUGAUCCUUUCCACCACUAAUUGACGUUUCAUGCGAUUUUUCAUCAGCAGUGAC